UUACCUAUUCAGUCUUCACCAAAGGUUUUAAAAUGAGCAUAUAGACUUAAACUAAAAGCGGAUUGACUGCUUCGAACUCUUCUGCUAUGGCGACGAUAAGCAGAUCCAAUCUUCUUCUUUCUCUAACGCUUUGUUUCUGCGUUCAUCUGCCAACAACACUCGCUUUUUCAUCUGGGCUGAAUGAUGGUUUCACUAUCAAUGGUCGAGUAAAAAUCCCAAAUUUUGGGACUAGAGAUUUUGGUUUACCAGCAAAGACUUCAAAUAUCAAAGUGAUACUCAAUGGCGGUCAAAGGGUUACACUUUUGAGGCCUGAUGGAUAUUUUUCAUUCCAUAACGUUCCAGCUGGCACACAUCUAAUUGAAGUGGCUGCAACUGGUUAUUUCUUUUCACCGGUUCGUGUUGAUGUUAGUGCUAGAAACCCUGGAAAAGUCCAGGCUGCAUUGACGGAAACCAGAAGAGGGUUAUCUGAGUUGGCUUUGGAGCCUUUGAGGGAGGAAUACUAUUAUGAGAAAAGGGAACCCUUCUCACCCCUGUCUCUAGUGAAGAGCCCUAUGGGUCUUAUGGUUGGCUUCAUGCUUAUAGUUGUUUUCGUGAUGCCCAAACUAAUGGAAAACAUGGAUCCUGAGGAAAUGAGACAAGCUCAAGAGCAAAUGAGGAGUCAAGGUGGACCAUUGGCAAGCUUGUUAGGUGGUGCUGCUGCUCCGAGAAACUGACGUGCCAAGGUUUAGACUCGUGGGACUCAAUCUUACAUAUUAGACAAUACUAGCAUAAAAUUUUGCGCCUUUGAGGGUAGGGCAUGGCCGCAUGGGUCAAGGUUGAAGAUUUAAAUUUUUAUUGAUUCAUAUCAAAGCUCUACUAUAGGUCUAAACUUUUCAAGGAUUGGGAAAAGGUAAUUUUGGUGGUCUAAACUUUAAAGUAAUUCUAAAGUUGUUCAGAUUUUUUUGCGGUAUAUGUAAUUUUUCAUAGGUUCAAUAAUUUAAACAUUAAUUGCACCAAUCAAUGAAAACGUUUGUUAAGCUCUCUAGGA